UCUCACACUGCGUCAGCACCAGCAGCACUCGCCAUGCAGGCCAAGGACCAGCACUGUCUUAGCCCUCUUAGCCUUUAGGAACCCUUCCUCCCCCUAUUGCUUCAACCAGUCUCUCUCUCCCAUCUCCCACCUCCUCUCUCUUCAUUCCGACGAGCUCAUCCACGACUCGUUCCAUCCAUCUCUCCAUCAAUCUCUUCAUCCUCAUCCCACAGCCUUCAACAUCCUCUAACUUCCACGUCUUCGCCGACACCGGAUACCUGUGUUGUUACCGCCCAGUCCCCUCCCGUCUUCCCCGCAGACGCCAGUUCUACCCCACACGCCUCCAAGCUACCUGCAAGCGCGACACAGUUCACCAUGUCAAAGCCCGUCACCGUCCCGUGCCAGUACAAGACCGGCAAGACUUUGGGCAGUGGAACUUAUGCCGUCGUCAAGGAAUGUGUGCACAUCAAGACGGGCAAGUAUUAUGCGUGCAAGGUCCUAAACAAGAAGUUCCUUACCGGGCGCGAGCACAUGGUCCGCAACGAGAUCAAGAUCCUCAAGAAGGUCUCGGAAGGCCACCCCAACAUCGUCCAGCUGCAUGAUUUCUUCGAGACGACGCACAACCUCUACCUUGUUUUCGACUUGUGCACCGGCGGCGAGCUCUUUGAUCGCAUCUGUGCUCGCGGCAGCUACUACGAGAAGGACGCCGCCAACAUUGUGCGCACCAUUGUGUCUGCCGUUAAGUACCUCCACGACCAGGGGAUCGUGCACCGCGAUUUGAAACCUGAGAAUAUCCUCUUCAAGUCCAAGGCGGAGGAUGCAGACCUCAUGCUUGCCGACUUCGGUCUGUCCAAGGUCCUCGAUGAGGAGAACUUCUCGAUCCUUACCACGACAUGUGGAACGCCUGGGUACAUGGCGCCGGAGAUCUUCAAGAAGGCCGGGCACGGCAAACCUGUCGACAUUUGGGCCAUCGGUGUAAUUACCUACUUCCUCCUCUGCGGCUACACGCCUUUCGACCGCGAGUCUCAAUACCAGGAAAUGCAGGCCAUCUGCAACGGUGAUUACAAGUUCGCGCCGGCCGAGUACUGGGCCGGGGUGUCGGAGACGGCCAAGUCCUUUGUGCGCGCUUGUCUUACCGUCGACCCCGUGAACCGUCCAACGGCGGCUGGUCUCCUCUCCCACCCCUGGCUCAAGUCGGAGGAUGCUCCCUUCGUCCAGGACCCCGAGAAGCCGUCCGGCGAAAGCGUCAAUCUACUGCCGAACGUCAAGAAGGCCUUCGACGCCAAGAAGACUCGUAAGCCCGCGAGUUUUGGCAUUGCUCACUCCAGUUCGCCGUGCAGUUCUGGGUAUGAUGAUGGUCAACCGGCUACAGCUUCAGAGCGAACGGCAUCAGAGCAUGGGCGGCAUGCCGGAGGAAGAGCGCGAGCGCCUGCGCAGAGAGGUCGCUGCAUUCAAGGAGGAGGCCGAGAAGGUGAGUGUCGCUUUGCACAUGCAGGCAGAUACGCCUCAAGUCGCUGCAUUGGCUGUCGCUCCGACACGUGGCACCUGAUGGAACUCAGCUGAUAUCGCAGGAGGACGCAUCUCAGGUUCUUACUGCGGGCGAGAUCGCCCCUGCUGGCACGCCCACGCCUUCUGCCACGCCAGUCCCGGGUCAGUAUGUU